AAGCAAUUACUCUUUCCCGGCGAGGCUUCUAGAAGAGCAAGAAGAGCGAUAUGAUUACACCUGCAGCCCUAUAAAGAUUGAUCUGUCCGUCUUUCCCUUACAGUCGUGGCCUGUUAAACGUUCCUGUGUUGUUCAGUGCCAGAAUGAGUGACCGCUAUUUAGAACAAAGGAUUAGUAUCAAAUUUUGCGUGAAAUUGAACAAGUCUGCAAGUGAGACCCACCAUCUUUUGAAAGAAGCUUAUGGGAAUGAAGUCAUGUCAAGGGCCAGAGUUUUUGACUGGCACAAAAGGUUUAAAGAAGGACGGGAAGAUGUUCGAGAUGAUGCCCGAAGUGGGCGUCCAGUCACCCACCGAACAGAUGACAAUAUCCAGAAGGUCAAGGACUUGGUUUGUUCAAACAGGCAGUUAACCGUGAGGAUGAUGGCUGAAGAGUUAAAUUUAGACAAAGAAACUGUUAGGCUCAUUUUGAAAGAAAACUUGAACAUGAGGAAGAUUUCUGCAAAAGUUAUUUCGGGUGUUUUGAAGGGUGAGCCUAAACCACGAAAACUUGACUUUCAGUCCGAUCUUUCAAAGGAAACUAGGAAAAAUAGCUCAUGUUUGAGGAAAAAGGUCUGCAUGGUCGAUGAAUUUUCAACGAGCAGUGAUUCUGUUCCUCAUCUUUCAUUGCUUUAUGGGACUUCAGGGAAUGAAAGCAUAACAUCCUGCUUUCCCAUAAGUUCUCUGGCUGCUACACUGGCACCAAUUAAAGACAUGUCUAUGCAAUUAAUCAAAACCAAUUUGGAAGCACUCUGGCGCUGCUCCUCUGAUGUACUGCCUGCUCCACAUACAGUAGUUCCUCAGCUGCGGUGAUGGAGCCAGGCACAUAGGAGCUUUUGAUGAACUGGCUGUACUGGCCCCAAGUGUUAACUAUGUCAUCUGACAUGACUAAUGAGGCUCCGGACUUGAUCCGUGUGAGCGGAGCAGCCCUGCUGUCUGGAGGAGGCUCAGUUUCCACAGCCAGCCUGGGAAGAGGCUGCAACGUGCAGGGUACACACUGCAUCAUGUCAGCUGGAGUCCUGGAGGCCUCUAGCGUUGGAGCUGGGAGUCAUCCAUGGAGAGGGUGAUGGAAACUGUGGGCCAGGCUCUGUGUUGGGCGCCAGUGUGAAUGUGACCCAAUUUAAACUUCUAGCUCAGCCUCCUCAUUUUAGACCUGAAAAUCAAGACCCAGCAAAAUUGUGAGGCUUGCCAAAGACCUGAACUUUGGAGAGAGAAAUGAUGGAGAAAGCAUGGUCUCUGCCCUAGAUGACAGGUAAAUAUGUAUAAGGGUAACAACUGGGGCCUGGUGCAAGUAUACUUCAUCAAGGGUUAACCAUAGGCUUCCUUUCUUCCUUCUGCAAACCUUUAUCAAGGGGAAGGGUUGCUUGUGCCCUUGUCACCUCAGCAAUUCCAAGAGCAUGGAAUUUGGAGUCAACAGAUCUGUGUUUGAGUCCCAGCCCUACUUUGAGUUGAUGUAAUCUUGCAAAUCACUUCAUUUUUCUGAGCCUUGGUUUCCUCAGCUGUAACAUUGGAAUAGGCCAUACACUGCCCAGCCAGCCUACUUCCAUGAGCCCUUCUGUGACUCAACUGAGUUAAUGGGUGUGAAAGUGUAAGUAAGAGCCUCUGCACGUGUUAGUUAUUAUUCCCGUUUUCAUCCCCCUAAGGAGCACUGGCUGAAAUCUCUGGAAUAUGGAUCCACAGAUAGCUUUAACUCUCUUCCUCUUCCUGCCUCUUUCAAAUGGACAUAAAAACCAAUUGGUCAUCUGCCUAAAAUCUCAACAGCUUUCCCAGAGAGCCCAUGCAUAGAAAGAGGAAGAACUCAACCAUUGUAAAUUAAUGUCAUUCCAUACAUUGAUUGAGCACCUACCACGUGCCAGACAUUGUGUGAGGGAUCAGAGUUGGAUAAGACAUGUUUCUUGGCCACCUUGAGAAGCUCACCAUUUAGUAGGAGAAACAGAGCUGGGCAUAAAUAACUAUAAUGUACUGCAGACAAAUGCAAUUGCCAUAGGAAAGAUACAAAUCAAGUGUUUUGGGAGCCAGAGGAUGGAGUGAUUCAUUGCCCAAAAGGAGACUGGAAAAAGGUUCAUCAACGAAGUGGUACUGAAGGAUGGGCAGGGCUUAGCUCUGUCAGGAAGAACGAGGCAGGGCAUUCCAGACAGAGAGACCAGCAUAGGCAAAUGUAUGAAAUCUGGAAAGGAAUGGUGAUCUAAAGGAUAGAAUAAAAUCAAGUGAGGUAUUGGGAGUGAGCAUGAAUCAAAGAAAAAUCACUGCACCCCAACUCUGAAACUCAGGCAUAAAUGUUGCUGUUUCACUGUUCUCUUUGCUGGCUGAGGUCACCUUGGCCUCUGUCCCUCAGUCAGAGAAAAUCCCACACUGGCCCUUCCUCCAGCAAAGCCAAACCCAAGCCCCAGCCAGCAGAAGCAAAAACAAAUGAACAGGGAUCAACAAUACCAUUAGAUGCAAAAAUUCUGGAGCUGGGAAGGCCAGGUCACAGCCAUACCUCCCCAGCCAGGGUAAGAGCUUGAUCAGAUGUGGCAAUGACACCAACCCUGGAGCACGAUGGCAAGGAACUUAACUUAAGCCUCUUGGCAUGGGUCACAGGCUACAUUUUUCUCCUUCCCCCCUCAUCCAAAAGAAGCUAGCUUCUUCUUUAUGAGUGCUGCUGUCAGAAUGGCUUUGGAAAGCCUAGAGCUGCAGCUGGACUCAAGGCAUGGCCAUGGGCCACCCCAGGGACUCGUAUUUUCUCAGUCUUUCUAUCUUUCAUUGCGAAUUUUUUUUAUUGUGCAAAUAAUACAGUGUUAAGAACGGAAACUUCAAGAAGAGAAAGAGGAAAGAGAGCACCCACUCACACAUCAUCUGUUUCCAUUUCUCCUUGCCCUUUCCUGCUGUUGUCCAUGAGCAUAAUUUUUUGGCCGCUUUUAUUACUGAUACAACUACAUAUUCUGUUUUUAUUGCUUAGCCUUGUAUCAUACAAGGCUACUUAUUGCCAGCCACUCGUGUCCACACUGGCUUGGCAUUGUUCUCCCAAGACUGAAGAAAUAUGCCAGGGGUCAUGUAAAGGGACUUUCCGCAGAUAACAUGAUCGCCAUUGACAACUGGCAUCAUGUGGCAGAGGAAAAGCAUCGACUGCUCUGCCAUCAUGUUGACUUGGGUUGGAAUCUCAGCUCCUCUACUUCGAAGCUAGAUGGCCCUGGGCAGAUCAUUCCAUCUCUUUGAGCCACAGGUCCUCAUCUAUAAGAUGGGGAUGGCAUUAGUACCAUCUUAUGAUACUAAUGGGAUCACAGUGAGAAUUAAGUGAGAUACCAAAAGGGGAAUGCUCAAUAAAGACCAGCUCUCCUUCCCAACCCUUGAGGGGCUGACCUAGAAUCCACUCUGCUUUUUCCUCUCUUGCCCACAUUUGGCCACCUCCCCUCCCCUGGACCCAGCAGGCCCCCUGGGUGAGCCCACCUAAAUUAUGACAGGCAUACCAGUCUGCAUAUUUAUUAUUCACUGGGUGAAUUUGCUAUCUUUUACUUAAGUAUUUUCCUCUGGUGAAACUUUUGUUUUUGUCCAGUGUUUCACUAUUUCCAAUAAUGAUGCAAAAAAAAAUACCAGUGUGUGCUGCUCACCCUAUGCUUUAAAAAUUGUAUUUUCUCAGAAACAAUCCCCAGGAGUAGGAUCACUGAGAUAGAGGAUAGAAACAUUUUCAAGGUUUCUGAUGUGUAUUUCCAAAUUGCUUUUCGGAUUUGUACCUGUUAUGCUGCCACCAAUUUGAGGGAGGGAACCACUUGGGCUACAUUGGAGGCCGCUGGGCCCUGGUCACAAACUUCUGUCUCUGCUUUAUUUCUACCACUGUCUUCUCUUAACAUGGCUCCUGAACUUCUCACUCUAUGGGACAAUUCAUUGUUUGUCCCCAAAACGAUGCUCCCAUACUUUUGUGCCUUUGUACUUCCUAUUAGUCUUCACCACCCUUGCCCGAGAAUAUUCUUCCUUUAAGAUACCCUCUCACUUUAGAGCUCAACCUUUGUGGAACUGGGAACUUCUAUACUCUCUUCAAGACCCAGUUCAAACACCCCUCUCUCUGUGAACCAGUUCCAAUCCCCCCAAGCAGAGUUCGUCGCUUUUGUUAUAAGUGGUACCUGGAGGAACCCUUGGCAUCCAAGUGUUCACCAAGAGUCAGCCAUCCCCUAACCUCAGCUACAGGCCCCAGUUUUUGUGAUUCUCUCUUCUCUUCUCCUCUCUCACUCUUUGCACCAGGCAAUCUCACCAGGUUUUCCCAACUCAUGUCCUAAAUAUUCUUAGAUCCACUUAUCUUUGCCUCAUGGUCAUUGCCAGAGCUAUCACCUCUCAUCAGGAUUCCUGCAAUGGUCCCCACAAAAAAAAAAAAGAGUAAUAUGUACAUGGUUCAAAAGCCAAAAUAGUCUCCAAGGCUUAUUAUAAGAAACAGUAGAUUCCUGCCCUAAUCCCGCCUACCCCAAGCCUUACUCCUCAGAGACAACUAGCCACUUUCAGCUAUUUCUUUUGAUAUUUACUUCCAUUUGCCAAAUAAGAUACCCAUACUGCAGUUUCUUGAUUUUAAGUUCAGGGAUUAUCUUUUUAAAAUUUUUUUAAAUUUUGUUUAUUAGUUUUAUUACAGACCUAGUCCUUUUUUUUUUUUUCUUUUAAGGGUAUUCCUGAAACACCAAGUUUCAGACCUUAUCUACUGACUUUGAACAAUGGAAUAUUUCUCUAAUAGCGCUUCUCUCCUCCGUUCUCUAAUAUAAUUGUAUCUACAAUUAUUUAACAAUUUUUGGUUAAUCAUUUUGCAGUAUUUACACAUUAUGACCAGAGAAGCCAUUAAAAAAUAUUUAUCUUCUGAGAUAUCAACAUCUCUUCUGGGGCUGCUAUCUCUCCUGGUGAGGUUUGAGCCUCCUGGGGGCAGGUGGAGCACUCAGGGACAGGGGCUGAUAUGCGGGAGAUGGGGCUGGCUGGCUAUUGGCUGGCAACCAGGUGGCACCAGUCUCAGGAUGGUUCUCAUGCAGGGCUCCCUGGGCCAGGUAGGUAUAGCAAGCAAGGUUCAGGUCAGCCUUUUGGGGGAGCCAAAGGCAGUGCCCAGGAGGGACUGGAGGCUGCUGACUGGCACAGAAACUGACUGAUCUGAACAAAUGCUGGCCUCUUGAACAGGGUUCUGGGGCCCCUGGCUAUAUGUCAGGUACUGUCUUUUUAGUAGCUGGAUCUGAUGGAUAGCCAUAGUUAAGCCAUCACAGUGCCUGGGAUAUAGCUGGACCUGACAGAUUGGGUCAUCAUACUGUUCUUUCAAAGAGUUUGAGAGAAGACUUAGUGAUAGAGAUACAGAAACUAAGCGAAAGAAAACAAAAAGGCAAUUAUUAACGUAGGAGAACCUGAAAUCUUAACAAGAAUGGAAAUAUACUCACAGACCCCUACAUGGCUUAACUAUGAAUAACAUUUACAUAGUCAUAACCCCAGCCAACAGGACUGCAUUAGGUACGUUCAACUGUAUUGGUUAUUAAAGUGUUGAAAUAUUUCUAUACUGGCUAGUAAAUAGUAGCCACCCUCAAGCUCCCUGUGUACCCUGUUGCCACUGUACCAGCCAUCCCGCCCACCCCCUCUCCCCACCUCUUAGAAUUCCCUGGAACUUCCCAGGAUCCAUCAGAUUCAGCUACUAAAAAGACAGUACCUGGCAUAUAGCCAGGGGACCCAGAACCCUGUUCAAGAUAUAUAAUUAAUACUAUAUAACUUUGUUUAAUUUUAAUACUUAAAUGUUAAUAUUCACAUGUGGUUAAUGGCUACCAUGUUGGACAGCACAGAUCUAGAAUGAUGUGUUUUCCUGACAGGACACUGCUGAUAUAAUACUUGACAUGAAAGCGGUCAUGGGAAACUGACCCUCCAUGAUACGAAUCUGGGAUUGUAAUAUGACCUGAGUGGGCUUGAAUUCAACGAUGACUUCAUUGCCAGUGGAAAAUGGGAUACUGUGUCAGGGAAGAGUUCCAACCUCAUGGAAGAUGGCAAGGAGUAACAGGACUCCAAAUUGACUUGCCACAACUCUAUGGGUGCUGAAAGUAGGCAAGACCCAGUGGAUCAGAAAAAGACAGCAUAGCAAACAAAAGGGCCAAGAGCAUGGUAGAGCAAGUUUCCUUGCCCUCAAAUCCCAUGAGUCAAUACAAUGGCCCAGAUGGCAGCUAUGCGUGCCUUGGGCCUGUGAUGUCACCAAGGAACGCUGGGCUAAGGGCUGAACCUUUUAUAGCAAGCAGUUUACAAGCCAGUCUCCUUCCCCUGGAGAGUGAAUUGCUGGACGUUGUGGUCACCUUGACCUACCCCUACCUACCUAACUGCUUUUGUGACUAAUUAUAUAAAAGAUUCAGGGUCAGAAAAUGGUUAGUCCUUGCAGUUUGGGACAAACAAGAAUAUACAAGGACAUUUGGAGGUCGGCGAACUGCAUCUCCCAAAGCUGUCCACCGUAGUCCGUGGCAUGCAAUAGCAAAAGUUACUUAAACUAGCACCUUGUGAAUAACUGGGAUGAAAUGCCUUCAAAGGCAAGUCUUUGGAAGACCAAAUGGCUGCUGAAAUGUGCUACUAAGGCGAGAAUUGUGACCAAGGAUUUUAAGAUGGAUUAGUUGCUUCUGAUGGUGCUGAAGUUCUUAUUGAAAAAAAAAUUCAAGCUCAGGAUUCUAAACUCUCAGGCGUGUUCAGAAAACCAGAGAGCUUCCAUUGUAGCUUUAAAAUAUAUAUGUAUUCAUAACUAAUAUACAAAACUAUAUUUAUAUAUUAAUGUUAAUUAUAUUAAUAUAUAACCUAUUAUAGCUAUGGGACUAAGGUAAUUGAAAGUCAGAUCCAAAUUUUAAUCCUGUGGGUGCAGAAUUACAAUGUUCGUAGAAAUCACAGGUGCCCCAGGUUUCUUACAGGAAAGUUAGUGUUAAAUGGGAAGAAAUGGGAUCCUGAAAUAUGGAAUGGAAACAUUUGGUUCACCUUGGAGAAAUAUGAGAAUCUGGAAUGCCUAAAUCCUCCUGCACUCCAGAAAAAAUAAAAAAAGAAGUUUAAGGGCCUCUUUUCUAUCUAAUUUGUUGGAGAAUAGGAAUGUGAUCUUUUUUAAAAAUCCAUCUCUGCCUAUCAAAGUGCGUGUGCAUGUAUGUGUGUGCAUGUUGUGAGAAAGAAACAAAAAUCUAGGAUGCACAUGUGCAUAAAUGCACACGCAUCCCCCUAAGACCAUUGGGAAACUCUAUGUUUGAAGACAGAAUGUAAAAAUUUAAAGCUCUUUCCAAAUCAAAUGAAUUUAGGUGUCCUGCUUCCUCCAAAUCACUUUGGCUUUAUGUCCCGCCCUGCGUGCUAUUAUACUGGAGGCAGGGAAGAUCCAUGAGGAAAAACUAACUUCUCAAUAAUAAAUCUAUCAGCUUUGGAUGUA